CCUCCCAACUCUCUCACUCGCCACUCUUCCUUUCCUUUCUCUUCCACAUCACUAUUCACAUACUCUCUCUCUCUCUCUCUCUCCUUUUUCUCAUCCACCAAUCAAAAACACUUUCACUUUUUUCUUCAAAACAAUCUUCUUCUUCUCCUUCUCCUUCCUUCAUCAACCGUCACAAUCUAACCACCUUUUUCUUCUCAUCUCCCCAAACAACCCUUUUGCCUUCUCCUUCAACUCCACCAAAAAAGCCACUUCAUUUCCUUCAAACCUCGUGAAAAGCAAGGAUAUGUUUGUGGUUAUGGAGAGGGGCUCAGAAAGGUGCUUAGAUUCUCAACUAUGGCAUGCCUGUGCUGGUGCCAUGGUUCAAAUGCCACCUCUCAACACCAAAGUCUUCUACUUUCCCCAGGGGCACGCAGAACACGCUCGUGGGAAAGUAGAUUUCGGCCAAACCCGGAUUCCACCAUUCAUCCCUUGCAGACUCUCUGCCAUGAAAUACAUGGCAGACCCUGACACAGACGAGGUGUAUGUCAAAAUGAGGUUGACCCCUUUGAGGGAGCAUGAAUUGGAUUUGGAAGACUGUUCUUUCUUGGGGAACAGUGGAGUAGAGGGUCAAGAGAAGCCUCCCACUUCUUUUGCCAAGACACUCACACAAUCUGAUGCCAACAAUGGUGGAGGCUUUUCUGUGCCUCGUUACUGCGCUGAGACCAUCUUUCCAAGGUUGGACUAUUCGGCUGAGCCUCCGGUUCAGACCAUCAUUGCCAAGGAUAUGCAUGGACAGUGCUGGAAGUUUAGGCACAUCUAUAGAGGGACACCCAGGAGGCAUCUUUUGACCACUGGAUGGAGCAAUUUUGUGAACCAGAAGAGGCUUGUUGCUGGGGACUCUAUUGUGUUUCUGAGGGCAGAAAAUGGGGAUCUUUGUGUUGGGAUAAGGAGGGCUAAGAAGGGGAUUGGUGGAGGGGCUGAGUUCUCUUCUGGGUGGAACCCUCUCUUUGGUGGGGGUUCUGGAUUCUUGAGUGGUGCAAAAGGUGGUGGUGAUGAGAUGGUGGGAAGAGUGGCUGCUGAGUCUGUUCUUGAGGCUGUUACUUGUGCUGUUAAUGGAAGGCCUUUUGAGGUUGUGUACUAUCCAAGGGCUAGCUCCCCAGAGUUUUGUGUUAAGGCUUCUGUUGUGAAGGCUGCAAUGCAAAUUCAGUGGUGUUCUGGGAUGAGAUUCAAAAUGCCCUUUGAGACCGAGGAUUCUUCUAGGAUCAGUUGGUUCAUGGGAACCAUUUCUUCUGUUCAGGUUGCAGAUCCCAUCCGUUGGCCUGAUUCUCCUUGGCGCCUUCUGCAGGUGGUGUGGGAUGAGCCAGAUUUACUUCAAAAUGUCAAGUGUGUAAACCCUUGGUUGGUGGAACUAGUCUCAAACAUGCCAACCUUCAAUCUCUCUGCAUACUCACCUCCUAGAAAGAAACAACGCUUUAUACAAGAUCCAUAUUUUCAAGUCAUCAACCAACUCCCAAUGCCAUCAUUCUCUGGCAAUCUUCUCAAUUAUACAAACUCUCUAUGUAACAUUGAAAAUAAUAGUUCUGCAGGCAUACAGGGAGCCAGGCAUGCUCAAUUUGGACUAUCUCCAUCUGAUUUUCCCUUCAACAAGCUCCAAGCAGACAUGCUUCUAGGUGGAUUCUCAAGGCUUGAUCAUGCAGCACAACCUAUUAGGCCUCCUUGUGGAACCUAUAAGAGCAACCCUGCUACUAAGGCCAAUGUUGACAUAUCUUGCUUGUUGACUGUGGGAACUCCUGGCCAGAAUUACAAGGAAUCCAAUGAAACAAAAGCACCCCACAUCUUGUUAUUUGGGAAACUCAUUCACACUGAGCAAAAGAGUUCUAACACUAGCUCGGCUAGUACUGCUGGGAAUAGUGUGUCUGAGGGGAAUUCACUAAAGACAUCAAAUGCUUCUGAUGGCAUUGGUUCUGCUUUGCACCAAAGUAGUCCAAUUGAGAAUAAUUCUGAUGGAGGGUCUCCCUGGUACAAGGAUCAACACAAGUCUGAUCUGGAAACCGAAACUGUCAACACAUUGUGUAUGGCUUUAUAACAAAUCAACGUAUUUUCAGUUGCUGAGCCUGUGAGUUCUUGAAGACAUCCAUGCGGCUAGCUAACUAUUUUUUAACAGAUUUCAGUAGCUCUAGUGUUUCCAUUGCUGUAUAGGUGUUGUUUUUCUUUCGGCAUCAUUGUAUUUGGGUGCAAGUUAACAAAAAUAUUCCCCCAUUUGAUUCAGAAACAUAUUUUAUAACAUAUUAACUAUUACGUUUUGCUAUUACAAGUGAGUAAUAAUGGUUUUGAUAAACAACUAAAGGGGUAAUAUUUUUGUGAACUUGCACUUAUCUGAAGUUUUCUCUCCUGCUUUAUGAGGGAGAAUCCCUCUUCCAAUUAUGGGAUGAUGUAACUCAUGAAUUUCUUUCAAGGAAUGUUAUCCAAGAGAUUGCCUUUGUUCUUGAUUUAA